GAGGUGCACGUGUUUGACGAAAACACGAACAAAAUGGCCGCCGGGGAUGAUACGCUCGCGUCGGAGCUAGAAACACUGAAGGAAAAAUUUCCCAAAGAUCACGAACGAUUCCAAAUCCUGGACGGAUCGGUGGAUGGACUAAGGUGCCGAUUUAUUGACAACGAUGGAAGAUCCUACUUCAUUCGUGUCCAUAUUGUUGAACCAUAUCCCGAAAUGCCACCCGCCUGGGUAGCAGAAAACGAUGAUAGCGGCAUUAUGAAUGUUUUAGAUGUUUUUGCAAAUGGUAGCAAUCUGUCUAAUCAUCUAGUGAACCAGGUAGAUGUACUUUUACGCGAACUUUGCCGGAUGUUUGAGGUACCAUUACCUGUAGGGUUGGAAGCUCACGAGCUUCAUGCUUCCCGCGAGGGUAACAACAAGAACAAAGUGACCGAAACGGAUAAGGUGAGCAAUGGUGACACGGAUGCUGUAAGUAGUUCGACUGCAGGAUAUAAAACAAGGGACCAAAAGUUGGAAAAUCUGGAGAAGAUACGGCUAAGUCAAAAGUCAAAAGAUCCUUCAGCAUCGAGUUCAUCGGUUCUAUCCACUAACCGGUUGAUGAGAGAAAUACAGGAGAUUUAUCGUUCCUACGCGUACAACAACCAGAUUUACACGUUGGAGCUAGUCGAUGAUUCGCUGUACGAGUGGAUCGUUCAUCUGAAAACUGUUGAUCCGGACAGUUUACUACACCAGGAUCUCAUCCAACUGAAACAACGUGAGGGUGUAGACAGCAUUCGGCUCAACAUACGGUUCAAGGAGAGUUAUCCUUUCGAGCCGCCCUUCGUGCGAAUUGUCUAUCCGCACAUAGUCAAUGGGUUUGUGCUGAAAGGGGGUGCUCUCUGCAUGGAGCUGCUAACGGAUCGCGGCUGGAGUCCUGCGUAUUCGAUGGAAGCUGUCAUCGUGCAGAUAGCGGCUUCACUAGUGAAGGGGAAUGCACGCAUCAUGUUCAACGUUGCCAACAAGAAAUAUAAUUUGGAACGGGCUCAAUCUUCGUUCCGGGAGCUGGUUCGGUUACACGAGAAGAGAGGCUGGUAUACUCCCCCAACGGAAGACGGAUAG